UCUCCCCGCCCGGCCCUGGUAAUAAGCCCAUGAGCCGCAGCAGGCAGAACUUGGAGGCCACCUGCGCGUCACGCUCGUCGUCAUGGCAACCGCGUUGUUGAUCGUGGCAGCGAGCGCCACCUUCUGAGGAGCUGGGCGCUUUCGCCGCUGCAACCGUCCACGCCCGCUCUCCUGCCGGCGUUUGCCCUCCAGGGACGACGGGACCCCGGCCCCAGGCAUCGGAGCGAGAUGUCGUCAAAUAGAUUGACACCACCUGCUGAUAAAGAGACUUGGAACAAUUGCUUGCCACCUAUAGCUUUACCUAUGUCAUCAACAGCUGGAAUCUCAUCAUCACACAAUAAAUUAUUGAAAUACCGAAGAUUAAAGGAACAGCAAAAGACACUUAAUCAGAUAGUAAUUGACCGGGCUUUAAAAAAUUAUAAAGCAACCAUGGAAGAAAAGUAUCGGAGAGGUCCCACGCCUCCUGAGCCAGAACUACCUUCUACUAUGAACAGUGAGCAAAAAAAACAAAGAACCAACUAUUUGUUUAUGAAGAAGUGUGUGGCAAGUAAUCCAAUAGUUCCUAUUCAGCAGCAGUGGCUGACCUCCAUGCUUACUCUGGUACCUCAGUCCCUCAUGAAAGGCAAGGAGAGAGAGUUACUGGUUGAAGAACUUUUAGAUGAGAUAACAAAGGAUUAUGAAAUGAGCAUGAAGAGAUGUGUGGUGCGAAAUGUUCUUGUGAAACCUGAUGUAAAAGGUCUUGAAGAUGAAAAGGAAGGACCAUUACCAGUAUCUCCUUUAGGUCUGGAUUUUUCCAGGCCUUGGCAUAGCAGUUUUAUACACGCAAGAAGUCAGAUCCUCACAAAUUUGCACAUCCUUCAUCCUACUCUGAAAAAUUUACUGGAUAUUGGUUACACAACAUUUUCCAAAUUACUUCUAGUGGACUUAUCAAAUUUCAGUUUGAAAGGACCAAUUGAUUGUGAAUCACUGAAGAAUGACGUUUCUUUAAACUGUACGAAAACAGAAGAGAAAUUACUGAACACAUGGUAUCCAAGAGUUAUAAAUCUCUUCACCAGAAAGGAGGCAUUAGAGGGAGUAAAGUCAGAUAAAGUUGAUUCUUUCUAUAACUGUGUGGCUACACUUAUGUCUAACCAGUUGAAAGAGCUACUGAGAAGAACUGUUGAAGCUUAUGUGAAGCUCUUUGAUCCUGAAGACAGGAGAUGGCUGCCAUUGUUUAAGAUGGAAUUGACUUUUGACGAUGAGAAAAUGGAAUUCUAUCCAAGCUUUCAAGAUCUGGAAGAAGCCAUUCUGUUUAUAGUGACCCGGAUAGGACAGACUCUUCAGAAUGUUCAAACAAUACAUUCUUGGCUAGCUGGAGGGGCCACCGCUGUAACUCUUGACACUGAACUUGCUGACCAUGUCAUAGCUUGGGCCUCAUCUACACUGAAGAGAGCAAUCCUGGCCAACUUGGAAGGUCCAAAAGAACAUUUUGAAAGAUAUGUUGAAAGGUAUGGUUGGCUUGUAGAUGGUACAGCAGACACACGAAUAGAGAGCUUUGAAGCAGAAGAUCACAGUUUUGAUGAAUAUACUGCUUUUAUAGAUGAGUUCCACAGUCUUGCUAAGGAAAUAAUGAGUUUGCCACUACUAGCUCAUUUCCCUAUGGUGCGUUUGGACUGUGAUGAUUUGAAACAGGGUUUGACUGAUAAAGCAAAAAGCUUUGCAAAUGAACUAUUGGAGAAAAUAGCUACUAAACACAGAAAGGAAAAUGAAAAGAUAUGCAUGGAAUUUGAAACAGUUAAAAAACGUGCAUUGAAAGUUCCUGAGACCACAGAAGAAAUGAUGGAAACAAUAGCUUAUGUAGAAAAGGCAAAAACCACAGGUAUUCAGGAACUGCUCGUUGGGAUCAAGGAAUGCCAAAGGCGAAUGAAUUACCUUUUAGAUGUUUACAUAUUUGCUCCUGAAGAUCUGGCUCUGAAUGCAACAGUGCUACUGUGGCCUCAGAAGAUUAACCCCAUCUUCGAUGAACAUGAUGAUCUGAUUGAACAAUCUAAACGUAAAGGAGAAAGCGAACUACUGGCCAAACGUGAGAAGCUUAUUUUGGAACUAGAAAAGCAGACUCGCUGUAUGGAAGAGUUCUCAGAAUUCUCAGAACUGGAUCACAUGCAAGAGUAUGUGAAAGCCAUGAGAGCAUUGCAGAAACGCACACAGGAAGCAGAGGAAACAGUAGCUUUUAUUAAUAAAGAAGAGGAUCUCUUCAAGUGGGAGCUGACUGAGUAUCCUGUUCUUGAAAGUUUAAAAACUAAUAUCGAGCCCUAUCAGAAACUUUUUGUUCUUAUACUGAAAUGGCAACGAACAGAAAAACGAUGGAUGGAUGGGGCUUUCCUGGACCUGAAUGGGGAAAGCAUGGAGACUGAAGUAGAUGAGUUUUUUCGAGAGGUAUACAAGAUGUUGAAGCUUUUUCAACAAAAGCAGAAGAAAGCAGAACUAGAAAAAAAGAAGACUCUGCAUCGCAGAGCCAUAGUAGACGAGAAAUUGGAAGAAGAAAAGAAGGACAAUCCAACGAUUACAAUGUGUUCCUCUGUAAUGGAACAGAUCAAAGACUUUAAGGAAAAUAUCCCCACGGUGACUAUCCUUUGUAACCCAGGCAUAAGGACUCGUCAUUGGCAACAGAUGUCAGAUUUAAUAGGAUUUGAUUUAACUCCAGACUCUGGAACUACUCUAAGAAAAGUUUUAAAGCAGAAUCUAGCCCCUUACCUGGAGCAAUUUGAAACUAUAAGUGUAGGUGCAAGUAAGGAGUUUUCUUUAGAGAAAGCUAUGCAUGCUAUGAUGGAAAUAUGGGAAUCUGUUUUUUUCCAUACAAGCAUUUAUCGUGAAACUGGAGUCUGUAUUCUGUCCGCAGUGGAUGAGAUUCAGACUAUUUUAGAUGAUCAGAUUGUAAAAACUCAAACAAUGAGAGGAUCACCUUUCAUUAAACCUUUUGAAAAAGAAAUCAAGGAAUGGGAAGACUGUCUUAUUCGAAUUCAGGAAACUAUUGAUGAAUGGUUGAAAGUUCAAGCUCAAUGGCUUUACUUGGAGCCCAUUUUUUCUUCUGAGGACAUCAUGCAACAGAUGCCAGAAGAGGGACGUCUCUUCCAAACUGUUGACAGAUACUGGAGGGACAUUAUGAAGUAUUGUGCCAAAGACCCUAAAGUUCUUGCUGCCACUUCAUUGACAGGUUUAUUGGAGAAACUUCAGGGGUGCAAUGAGCUUCUCGACAAAAUCAUGAAAGGGCUUAAUGCUUACCUUGAAAAGAAGCGUCUCUUCUUUCCUCGUUUUUUCUUCUUGUCCAAUGAUGAAAUGUUAGAGAUCCUAUCAGAGACCAAAGAUCCUCUCAGAGUUCAGCCUCACUUGAAAAAGUGUUUUGAGGGCAUUGCUAAGCUGCAUUUCCUUCACAACUUGGAUAUUAAGGCAAUGUAUAGCACUGAAGGUGAGCGAGUGGAACUGAUUUCAACCAUUUCUACUGCUGAAGCUCGAGGUGCUGUGGAGAAGUGGCUGAUCCAAGUGGAAGAUAUUAUGCUGAAGAGUAUACAUGAUAUUAUUGCUGAAUCAAGAUUGGCAUAUCCUGAGACUGAAAGAAAACAGUGGGUUCUAGAGUGGCCUGGACAGGUAGUGCUGUGUGUAUCUCAGAUGUUCUGGACGAGUGAGGUACAUGAAGCCAUUUGCAAUGGCCCAGAGGGCUUAGAGGAUUAUUAUAUGGCUCUUCAGCUUCAGCUUAAUGAUAUUGUAGAGUUGGUAAGAGGAAAAUUAUCUAAGCAGACACGAACCACAUUGGGUGCUUUGGUUACUAUUGAUGUCCAUGCUAGAGAUGUCGUCAUGGAGAUGAUUGAAAGUGGUGUAAAAAAUGAGUCAGACUUUCAGUGGCUUGCUCAACUGCGAUAUUAUUGGGAAUAUGAAAAUGCUCGUGUCCGCAUAAUUAAUUGCAAUGUAAAAUAUGCCUAUGAGUACCUUGGCAACUCACCUCGACUUGUCAUUACUCCACUUACGGAUAGAUGUUACCGCACCUUGAUUGGAGCCUUUUAUUUAAACCUUGGUGGUGCUCCAGAGGGCCCAGCAGGGACAGGUAAAACAGAGACUACUAAAGACUUGGCUAAAGCUCUUGCUGUACAGUGUGUUGUCUUCAACUGUUCCGAUGGGCUUGAUUACCUAGCAAUGGGAAAGUUUUUUAAGGGUUUGGCUUCUUCCGGUGCUUGGGCCUGUUUUGAUGAAUUUAAUCGUAUUGAGCUAGAAGUACUGUCCGUGGUGGCCCAGCAGAUCCUUUGCAUUCAGCGAGCCAUACAGUUGAAGAUGGAAACAUUUCUUUUUGAAGGGACUGAACUGAAGCUCAAUCCCAACUGUUUUGUAGCUAUUACCAUGAAUCCAGGUUAUGCAGGACGGUCUGAGCUGCCAGACAACCUCAAGGUUCUUUUCCGAACUGUAGCCAUGAUGGUUCCUAACUAUGCUCUGAUAGCAGAAAUCUCUCUCUACUCCUACGGAUUUCUUAAUGCCAAGCCAUUGUCAGUGAAGAUAGUAAUGACCUAUAGACUUUGUUCAGAGCAACUUUCCUCUCAGUUCCAUUAUGACUAUGGUAUGCGUGCAGUUAAAGCUGUAUUAGUGGCUGCUGGCAACCUAAAACUGAAAUUCCCGCAGGAGAAUGAAGAUAUAUUGCUUCUUAGAUCUAUUAAGGAUGUGAAUGAGCCUAAAUUUUUGUCUCAUGAUAUACCUCUGUUCAAUGGUAUAACUAGCGACUUAUUUCCUGGUAUUAAGCUUCCUGAAGCAGACUACAAUGAUUUUCUGGAAUGUGCCAAUGAAUGCUGUGUUAUAAAUAAUGUCCAGCCUGUUAAAGUUUUUAUUGAGAAAAUGAUACAGACAUAUGAAAUGAUGAUUGUUAGACAUGGCUUUAUGCUUGUUGGAGAACCUUUUUCUGGGAAGACAAAAGUUCUGCAGGUGUUGGCAGAUACACUAACCCUUAUGAAUGAACGUGGAUAUGGUGAAGAAGAAAAAGUAAUUUUUAGAACUGUAAAUCCAAAAUCCAUUACUAUGGGUCAACUCUUUGGACAAUUUGAUAUGAUAUCCCAUGAGUGGACAGAUGGUAUUGUUGCCAACACUUUCCGAGAAUUUGCUUUAUCUGAGUCACCAGACCGUAAAUGGGUUGUUUUUGAUGGUCCUAUUGAUACUCUGUGGAUAGAGAGUAUGAACACAGUGCUGGAUGACAACAAAAAGCUUUGUUUGAUGAGUGGGGAAAUCAUUCAGAUGUCUGCUCAGAUGAGUCUGAUCUUUGAAACAAUGGACCUUUCCCAGGCUUCACCAGCUACAGUCAGUCGCUGUGGCAUGAUUUAUUUGGAGCCAUUACAGCUAGGCUGGAUGCCUCUUGUAACCUCUUGGAUGAACAGCUUACCCGAAGCCCUAAAACAAAAGGAUCAGCAAGAUCUUCUGCAAGAACUUUUUAACUGGUUGAUACCACCAGCCUUAAGAUUUCGUAAACAACAAUGCAAGGAGCUGGUUUCCACAAGUAACAGCAAUGCUGUAGUGUCUCUCACUCGACUUUUUGAAAUGUUACUUUUUCAAACUGUGCAAAAGGAUCCUACAAACAAAAAUAUCCACACAUGGAUUAUGGCUUGUUUUGCUUUCUCCAUGGUUUGGUCCAUUGGUGGAACUUGUGACAGUGACAGCAGAGUUCUUUUUGAUAACUUUACGAGGGAUGUUUUAGCAGGAAAAUCUGAGGCUCAUCCAGUGCCACCAGCUGUAGGUAAAUGGGACUGUCCCUUUGAUGAGAAAGGCUUGGUCUAUGACUAUAUGUAUGAGUUGAAAGGCAAAGGACGUUGGGUGCAUUGGAAUGAAGCCAUUAAAAGCAGUAAAUAUAGCGAUGACAAAAAUGUUAAGAUUCAAGACAUCAUUGUCCCAACUUUGGAUACAAUCCGAUAUACCUAUUUGAUGGACUUAUGCAUCACCCAUGGAAAACCAUUGCUUUUUGUGGGACCUACAGGUACUGGGAAGUCUGCAUAUGUGAAGGAUAAGUUAAUGAACAACUUGGAAAAGGAAAGAUACUUUCCAUUCUUUAUUAAUUUUUCAGCCCGGACUAGUGCCAAUCAGAUCCAGAACAUAAUUAUGGCGAGGCUGGACAAAAGACGCAAAGGAGUAUUUGGACCUCCUAUGGGAAAGAAGUGUGUCAUCUUUGUUGAUGAUAUGAAUAUGCCUGCAUUGGAGAAAUAUGGAGCUCAGCCUCCUAUUGAACUUUUAAGACAGUUUUUUGACCAUGGAAUUUGGUAUGAUUUAAAGGACACAAAUAAAAUUACACUGGUUGACAUACAAUUGCUAGCUGCUAUGGGACCUCCAGGAGGUGGAAGAAAUCCUGUUACAUCUCGUUUUCUGCGACAUUUCAACAUUUGCACCAUUAACUCCUUUAGUGAUGAAACUAUGGUCCGUAUUUUCUCUACCAUAGUAGCUUUUUACCUUAGAAAUAACGAAUUUGCUCCUGAAUUCUUCACAAUUGGAACCCAAAUUGUCAAUGGCACAAUGGAGGUAUAUAAGAAAGCCAUGAAAAAUCUUCUGCCUACACCAGCCAAAUCACAUUACACAUUCAACCUGCGUGACUUUUCACGUGUUGUCCAAGGCUGCUUACUCAUUAAAAAAGAUUCAGUUGAAAGCAAGCAUACGAUGAUUCGUCUGUUUGUGCAUGAAGUGUUUCGAGUAUUUUAUGACCGCCUUGUGGAUGACACGGAUAGAUCCUGGUUGUUCAAAGUAAUGAAAGACAUAGUGAAAGACCAUUUCAAAGAAGCAUUUGAUUCUGUUUUUGCACAUCUGAGGCAAGGGAAUGCACCUGUAACUGAAGAAGACAUGAGAAGUCUGGUAUUUGGAGAUUAUAUGAACCCUGACCUUGAAGGAGAUGAAAGACUUUAUAUUGAAAUUCCAAGUGUUCAACAGUUCAGUGAUGUUGUGGAGCAAUGUUUGGAAGAGUAUAACCAAACCCACAAAACAAGAAUGAACCUUGUAGUUUUCAGGUAUGUGUUGGAACAUUUGUCUCGGAUAAGUCGUGUUCUGAAGCAGUCAGGUGGCAAUGCCUUACUGGUUGGAAUGGGAGGGAGCGGACGUCAGUCCUUGACCCGUCUGGCUACAGCCAUGGCAAAAAUGUGUAUUUUUCAGCCUGAGAUCUCUAAGAGCUAUGGUAUGAACGAGUGGAGAGAAGAUCUGAAGAAUCUUCUGAAGAGUGCAGGGAUGAAGGGAUUGAAAACUGUGUUUAUAAUCACAGACACACAGAUUAAAGAAGAAGCUUUCUUGGAAGAUAUUGACAGUGUACUCAAUACUGGGGAAGUACCCAAUCUUUUUGCAGCAGAUGAAAAACAAGAAAUUAUGGAGGGUGUUCGUGCAAUAGCUCAGGCUGGCAGUAAACAUGAGGAACUCAGUCCCUUGGCCUUAUUUGCCUACUUUGUGAACCACUGCAAAGAAAAUCUCCAUGUUGUGGUAGCAUUCAGCCCGAUCGGAGAUGCUUUCCGCAAUCGUCUGAGGCAAUUCCCAUCUCUCAUCAACUGUUGUACUAUUGAUUGGUUCCAGCCAUGGCCUGAAGAUGCUCUUGAACGUGUAGCUAAUAAAUUCUUAGAAACACUUCAGCUCACAGACAAUGAACGGCAAGAAGUGGUGCCCAUCUGUAAACACUUCCAUACUUCAGUUUUAUCACUCUCUGAAAAAUUCUUGGAAACACUGAGGCGACAUAAUUAUGUUACUCCUACUUCUUAUCUUGAACUUAUUGCUGCCUUCCAACAACUUUUAACUCAAAAACGGGAUACUGUGAUGAAAGCCAAAAAGGGUUAUACUAAUGGACUAGACAAACUAGCUUUUGCUGAAUCUCAGGUUGGUGAAAUGAAGCAAGAACUAGUUGAUCUGCAACCCAAACUGGAGGAGGCUAAAGUGGAUAAUGCAAAUAUGAUGAAGAUUAUAGAAAGGGAGUCUGCAGAAGUGGAAGCAAAAAGCAGAACUGUGAAAAUAGAUGAAGAGAUUGCUACAGAAAAAGCAGCAGAAGCCCAGGAACUGAAGAAUGAGUGUGAGAGUGACCUGGCGGAGGCAAUUCCUGCGCUAGAGGCAGCACUUUCUGCACUUGACACUCUUAAGCCUGCUGAUAUAACAAUUGUGAAAUCAAUGAAGAAUCCUCCAUCUGGUGUCAAACUUGUUAUGGCUGCCAUCUGUGUUAUGAAAGAUAUAAAACCUGAAAAAAUUACAGAUCCUUCAGGGACUGGAGGCAAGGUCUUGGAUUACUGGGGGCCUAGCAAGAAAGUUCUGGGUGACAUGAAUUUCUUAAAGGAUCUGAGAGAAUAUGACAAGGAUAACAUUCCAGUGGCUGUCAUGCAGAAGAUUCGUUCUGAAUAUCUGACUAAUCCUGAGUUUGAUCCACCUAAAGUGGCUAAAGCAUCGUCAGCAGCCGAGGGUUUGUGUAAAUGGAUUAUGGCUAUGGAAGUGUAUGACAGAGUUGCUAAGGUGGUUGCUCCCAAGAAAGCCCGUCUAGGGGAGGCCCAGCAGUCUUUAGCAGAAACUAUGGCAUUACUGAAUCAGAAGAGAGCUGAACUUGCAGAAGUAGAGCAUCAUUUGGCAAAAUUGCAACAAACCUUUGUUGAGAAAACUGAAGAAAAGGCUCGUCUAGAAUUCCAGGUGGAUCUGUGUGCUAAGAAACUAGAAAGAGCAGAGAAGCUGAUUGGAGGACUUGGUGGAGAAAAAUCAAGAUGGUGUAAUGCUGCAAAUGAUCUUCAAAAUACAUAUGAUAAUUUGACAGGAGAUGUUCUGAUAUCAGCUGGAGUGAUAGCUUAUUUGGGUGCUUUCACUAGUGCCUUUCGACAAGAAUGUACUAAAGACUGGAGCAAGUUGUGCAAGGAAAAGAAUAUCCCUUGUUCUGAGAAUUUCUCUUUAUGUAAGACCCUGGGUGAUCCAAUAAAAAUCAGAGCCUGGAAUAUUGCUGGAUUACCAACAGAUAACUUUUCAGUUGAUAAUGGUGUGAUUGUUGACAACUCCAGGCGAUGGCCAUUAAUGAUUGAUCCCCAGGGUCAAGCCAAUAAAUGGAUAAAGAACUCCGAGAAAGAAAACCAGUUAAGUGUUAUCAAGUUCACCGAUACAGAUUACAUGAGAAUAUUGGAGAACUGCAUUCAGUUUGGAACUCCUCUUCUGCUAGAAAAUGUUGGUGAAGAACUAGAUCCAUCACUGGAACCCCUGCUGCUUAGACAAACUUUCAAACAAGGGGGCAUGGAUUGCAUCCGGCUUGGUGAGACAAUUAUUGAGUAUUCCAAUGAUUUCAAAUUUUUUAUUACAACAAAACUAAGAAAUCCACAUUACAUGCCUGAACUGGCUACAAAAGUUUCCUUACUCAACUUUAUGAUAACACCAGAGGGACUUGAAGACCAGCUACUGGGUAUUGUCGUUGCAAAAGAGAGACCAGAAUUAGAAGAGGAGAGGAAUGCUCUCAUCCUUCAAUCUGCAGCCAAUAAAAAACAACUAAAGGAAAUUGAGAAGAAAAUUUUAGAAACCUUACAGUCUUCCGAAGGAAACAUUCUUGAAGAUGAGAGUGCUAUCAUGGUGUUAGACUCUGCUAAAAUAAUGUCUAAUGAGAUCACAAAGAAACAACAGAUUGCCGAAAAAACAGAAAUAAAAAUAGCAGAAUCUCGAGAGGGCUACAGACCCAUUGCAAAGCAUUCAUCGGUGCUGUUCUUUAGUAUUGCAGACCUAGCUAACAUCGACCCCAUGUACCAGUACUCUCUCACUUGGUUUGUUAAUCUCUAUAUCAACUCUAUUCAUGACAGUAACAAAUCCAAAAUUUUGGAGAAGCGUCUUCGAUAUCUAAAUGACCACUUCACAUACAACCUGUAUUGCAAUGUGUGCCGUUCAUUGUUUGAGAAGGAUAAGCUGCUGUUUUCCUUUUUAUUGUGCUGCAAUCUUCUCCUGGACAGGAAAGAGAUAGAACAACUGGAAUUUAUGUUCCUAUUAACUGGAGGAGUGGGUCUUAAAAACAAAUACAAGAAUCCAGAUCCAUCUUGGCUACAAGAUAAGAGCUGGGAUGAACUAUGUCGUGCAAGUGAUUUCUCAGCAUUUAGAGGACUGAGGAGUCAUAUUUCUGAAAAUGCUAGUGAGUGGCGUAAAAUCUAUGACAGCAAAGAGCCACACAAUGUUCUUUUACCAAAGCCAUGGGAUAAAACGUUGAAUGAACUACAGAAGAUGAUCAUUCUUCGGUGCCUAAGAUCAGACAAGAUUAGUCCAGCAAUAACAAUCUUUGUAACUGACAAACUGGGGAAGAAGUUUGUAGAGCCACCACCAUUUGAUCUAACAAAAAGUUACUCAGAUUCAAAUUCAACAGUCCCACUUGUCUUUGUGCUAUCUCCAGGAGCUGAUCCCAUGUCUAGUCUCCUGAAAUUUGCAAAUGACAAAAACAUGGUUGGAAAUAAGUUUCAAGCCAUCUCGUUGGGACAGGGUCAAGGACCUAUAGCUACAAAAAUGAUUAGAGAAGGAAUGGAAGAAGGGACCUGGGUUUGUUUACAGAAUUGUCAUCUUGCUGUCUCCUGGAUGCCGAUGCUAGAGAAAAUAUGUGAAGAGUUUAACCAUGACACUUGCCAUCAAUUCUUCAGACUUUGGCUUACCAGUUAUCCAUCACCUAAGUUUCCCGUAACCAUUCUGCAGAAUGGAGUAAAGAUGACAAAUGAGUCGCCUACAGGUCUCCGGUUAAAUCUGCUUCAGUCUUAUGUCUCAGAUCCACUUUCUGACCCCACCUUCUUCUCUGGAUGCCCUGGAAAGGAGGAGACAUGGGAAAAACUACUCUUUGGAGUUUGCUUUUUUCAUGCUCUUGUUCAGGAGAGAAAGAAGUUUGGCCCUCUUGGUUGGAAUAUUCCAUAUGGAUUUAAUGAAUCAGACUUGCGAAUCAGUAUCAGACAGUUACAGCUAUUCAUAAAUGAAUAUGACCAAGUUCCAUUUGAAGCUAUAUCUUAUCUUACGGGAGAAUGUAACUAUGGAGGACGAGUGACAGAUGAUUGGGACAGACGUUUACUACUAACUAUGCUGGAUGAUUUUUAUAAUCCAGAUGUAAUUAAAAACCCACGCUACACCUUUUCACCCAGUGGCAACUACUAUGCACCACCAAAAGGCACCUAUGAGGACUACAUUGAAUUUAUUAAGAAUCUUCCAUUUAGUCAACAGCCAGAGGUGUUUGGGUUGCAUGAAAAUGUGGAUAUUUCAAAGGAUCUCCAGCAAACAAAACUCCUCUUUGAAUCUCUGAUAGUAACACAAGGAGGAGGCACACAGGGAGGCUCCUCAGGAGGUGGUGACAGCACUCUGUAUGAAAUUGCUGAUGAUAUUCUCAGUAAGCUUCCAAAUGAUUUCGACAUUGAAGCGUCCCUAAUUAAGUAUCCUGUGAGAUAUGAGGAAAGUAUGAACACUGUGUUGGUGCAAGAAAUGGAGAGGUUUAACAAUUUAAUUCGAACUAUACGUAUUACCUUAAUAAAUCUGAAAAAGGCCAUUAAAGGACUGGUCGUUAUGGAUUCUGAGCUGGAAGCCCUGAGCAGCAGUCUGCUUGUUGGAAAAGUUGCUGAGAACUGGGCUAACCGUUCAUACCCAAGUCUUAAACCAUUGGGAAGCUAUAUCCUAGAUUUUCUAGCGAGACUGAAAUUCUUGCAGGACUGGUAUGAAUUAGGAAAGCCCAGUGUUUUUUGGCUAUCAGGAUUCUAUUUUACUCAAGCUUUUUUAACUGGAGCCAUGCAGAACUAUGCCAGGAAGUACACCAUUCCCAUUGACCUUCUGGGAUACGAAUUUCAGGUUAUUCCUAAGGAUACAUCGGAUACUGCACCAGAAGAUGGUGUUUAUAUCUAUGGAUUAUUUUUAGAUGGAGCUCGCUGGGACAGGGACAAGGGACUAUUAGCUGAACAGCAUCCCAAGUUGCUCUUUGAUCCAAUGCCAAUCAUUUGGAUAAAACCAACUAAAAAAUCAGACAUAAAGAAAACUAGUGCCUAUGUUUGUCCACUCUACAAGACAAGUGAGCGUAAGGGUACCUUAUCCACUACUGGACAUUCUACUAAUUUUGUCAUUGCACUAAUGCUAGAGACUGAUAAACCAGUCCAACACUGGGUCAAGCGAGGUGUUGCUCUGCUCUGCCAGCUGGAUGACUAACCUUGAGAAUUCGGAGGAAACCUCAGUAGACAUAUCUUUCAUUUCCUUUCUUCACUGAGGAAUUGAAGCACACUGUAUCAGAGAAACAUCUUGUUAUAUUUAUAUUUGAAGGGCUCAGGCUAAAUUUUUCCUGAUUCUGAAAUGUUGAAUUAAAUUUUUGGAAGAUGUUGUUACUAUUUUUAAAAUAUAUAAUAAUCUGGAGUGUUCAUUUUAUUAUUUUGUAAUAUAGUGUCAUGAAUAGUGAUACAGAUAUCUUUUGUCACUUAUUAAACUAUCACAAAUUACAUCUGGAUAAGAAAAAAUGAAUGUUGUCUCAACUCCAUAUGGAAAGCAUUAUAGUAGACAGCAUUUAAGCACUUCAGGUCUGAACCAUAAGAGUAUAAAGUCUGGAGGUUCAGAUCUGGUAUUUUGGCUUGGAUCAAUGUUUAAUAUGUUCAUUAACACAUAGGCGGUGCUGAGAGAAAUUGUUUAAUUAUCUGAUAAAACUGAAUUUAAACUGCACCGUUGACUUCCUAACUUGCAUAUUUUCCACCAAUCCAUCAUUAAUUGGACUGUUUUGAAUAUUCUAAACUCCUUGGCUCCUUUUAAAUAGUUUUCAUUAAAAAUAAAUAGCCCCAACAAAAUCCCCACAAUAUACCAUAAAAAAUUACUUUUUGCAUCCUGCUUACAAACACAGUUGUUAUAUAAUGUAAUGUCCGAAUUCAUCACACAUGCACACCUCUUCCUAGGAUUUGGCAUUAUUAAAAAGAAAACUAUAAUAAGAUAACAAUCAGCUAAAACGUUCUUUUAGACUUGACUGUUCCUAGAGUUCUUUUCUUAGGACUUCUAAAGCUUCUCUCUGAAAGAGCCAUUCCCACUACCUUUUAAAACUAGGCCGGGUAAGCAUUCCACAGAAUAGACUUAACAUUUUCUCUGCAGUUUAUUCAACUGUAAUAUGCCAUCUGGAAGGGAGUUGAAAUACAAGCCACC